GAAUAAUGGAAUAUAAAUACCCCACUCAUUGAGUUUGAGACGAGCAAACCCCAAGAACUGCUUCUUUCUCUCUCUCUCUCUUGGAGUUGUGUUCAGGCAAGCGGCCCCAUGGGUUACCCAGAUGAGAUGCAGAAGCAGAAGCAGAAGCAGAAGCAAGCAGGUGAAGAACAGUCGCAACCACGAAGAAGUGGUCGAGGGAAGAUUGAAAUCAAGAGAAUUGAAAACACAACAAAUCGCCAAGUCACUUUCUGUAAACGCAGAAAUGGUUUGCUUAAGAAGGCUUAUGAGCUUUCUGUUCUCUGUGAUGCUGAGGUCGCUCUUAUUGUCUUCUCCACCCGUGGUCGCCUCUAUGAGUAUGCCAACAACAGUGUUAGGGCUACGAUUUCGAGGUACAAAAAGGCAUGCUCGGAUCCCUUAAGCGCCGGGUCCGUUUCGGAAGCCAAUACACAGUUCUACGAGCAAGAAUCCGCGAAAUUGCGAGCGCAAAUCGGGAAUAUGCAAAACCUAAACAGGCAUUUGUUGGGGGAAUCCAUCAGUUCGUUGUCGGUGAAAGAUCUCAAAAGCCUGCAGGUGAAACUGGAGAAGGGAAUUAGCCGAAUUCGAUCCAGAAAGAAUGAGGUUCUGUUUGCGGAGAUUGAGUACAUGCACAAAAGGGAAAUUGAACUGCACAACACCAACCAGCUGAUACGAGCAAAGAUAGCGGAGAUGGAGAGAAGAGAACAAAACAGAAGUGGAAAUAACAGCAUAGGUGCAAGAGGAGAAGGAGAAGGAGAAGGAGAAGGAUGUGUGGGUCCAAAUUUAGAGGGUAAUGAGCAAUACUACUUUCCCCAUCAAAAUCACCAUAUCUCCCUGCAACUCAUCUAACCUCAUCCUCCCCCAUCUACAAACUCUUCUACUUUUCUGUCUUUUUCUAUGACAACAAACAAUCAUCCUUUCUACUUUCAUACCUCCUAAUCUAAGAACCACCAAUACAUAUAGAUUUAGGACACCUACACGAUAGCGACACAUUUCUUUUUGAGGUACGUACGAAAAGUGUUUAU